AUGGCCCAGAUCCAGAUCCAGAUCCAGGAGUUUGCAUCUACCUUUGUUGUCCUUUUCGCCCUUUUGAUUGCUAUCUUCUUCUUGUUUAAACCUCACUUUUACGAGCACAAAGAACCCACUAAUCCCAACAUGCUUUCUCGUAAGGUCUACGAGCUCUGCCACCAGCCGGAAACCGUCACCUCGGAGUUAGCGCGCGACCCGUCGCAAUGUCCGACCAAGCUCUUCCACAAGCUCUUUGAACAUUUAUCCCACGGACACAAGAAGUCAGACUCGAGCUCAGACUCGACGUCGGACUCUGUUUUAGACUCGGUGUCAGAUGCUGGAUCAGACUAUGAAAAACUAGACGAGUUGGAAAAAGCCCGCGCAUGUGGCCAUUUUGGAUCGGUGGAGCCAAGCCAGUUAUUCUUACAGAUCUAUCAUGAUGCCUUAUGCUCCUUGGACAAACAUCCCACGGCCGGAGUGGUCUCUCCCUCGUUAAUGGGAAGUACAGGCGUGGUCCCAUUAACCAUAGUCGCUCCGUUGCCGGAUCUGUGCCGUCAUCUAGCCAAUUGCAUUGCACGCGCCGAACAUGAAGUCUUCUUGGGCACUAACUUUUGGAUUUAUUCAAAUGCCUCGACUUUAGUCACGAAUGCCAUCAGAGAGCUUUCGAGGCGGGCGGGUGAGCGAGGGAGGAAGGUCGUCAUGAAGAUGGUUUAUGACCGCGGUGAUCCCCGUCAGGCCUUGGAAAAUCGACUAAGCGUCCACGAGGACCAGUACACAGGCGGCAAAGUGAAACUGCCUCCCGCGAAUGAAAUCCCCAAUGUCGAUUUGCAGGUGAUCAACUUCCAUCGGCCGAUUUUUGGAACUUUCCAUGCCAAGUUUACCGUCAUUGAUCGACGCAUUGCUCUACUGCAGAGCAGUAAUAUUCAAGACAAUGAUAAUCUCGAGAUGCUGUCUCAUAUCGAGGGACCUAUCGUGGAUGGUUUCUAUGAUGCCGCUUUGCUCUCAUGGGGAAAGGCUCUGGAGCCUGCACUUCCGCUUUUAAAUUCUCCAGCUGCUGCGGCUCCGAUUCCAUGCCACGAGACGAGGACGAGUAAUGACCUUCCUACUGAGAAAGGAGUGCAGCAUCUUGCGGAGCAUUCGGUCAAGUCCGAGCAUUAUGACGUGGACCUCGAGCAUGAAGCCGCAAGAGUGAACGAUAGCGCUUUACCUCGAGAAAAGGAGACUCCCACACAGGCUAUACCACUAUCCAACCAGACACGACAGGAGAUGCACCAGAUACCGACCAAGACCCCAUAUUCACCCCCUUACAAGAUCAGCCCGCAUCACGAACCCGUAGCCAUGGCAUUGGUGAACAGAGAACCCUUCGGAUGUAAGACCCCCAAUCUGCCGCACACAGUGCCUCUACUAAUACACUCCAAAGCACCAAACCAUAGCAACACCCAAACCCCCCAAAACUCAGCCUGGAUCUCCGCAAUCAACCACGCAGCAAGCUCAGUCCUCAUCCAAACCCCAAACAUGAACGCCGAGCCCCUCCUCGAGCCCCUCCUCAACGCAGUCCGUCGCGGCGUCAUCGUCACCUGCUACCUCUGCCUGGGCUACAACGAUGCCGGCGAACUUCUCCCCUUCCAGAAUGGCACGAACGAGAUGAUCGCCAAUAGACUGUACAACGCCCUCGAGUCUGACGAGCAGAAAAGCAGACUGAGGGUUUUCUACUAUGUCGGCAAAGACCAGACAAUGCCCAUCCAUAACAGUUUCAAGAAAAGGAGUUGUCAUAUCAAGCUGAUGAUUGUGGAUGGCCGCGUUGCGAUUCAGGGUAAUGGCAAUCUCGACACGCAGUCCUUUUUCCACAGCCAGGAGAUCAAUGUGCUUAUUGAUUCCCCGGUUAUUUGUGGUGCUUGGCUGGAACUGAUCGAUCGUAAUCAGAAUACGGCUAGGUAUGGUGCUUCUAGUCCCAAGGAUGGAUGCUGGCAUCAUCCUGAGACGGGAGAGAUUCCGCCUGGUUCUAUUGGAACGAAUCCCGGGCGCUUUAGUUGGGCCAAGGGCGUUGUGGGUGCUGUACAGCGUGUUAGGGGUGUUGGUGGCUUUUGA